AGUCUCGCGAGGGCGGACCCGUUGCCUGGUGACGAGAGUUGGGGGCGUGGCUGGGGCUGCGGAUCUCCAGUAGUGGCAUUCCUUCUAGCGGCUGGACCCUGGGUUCUCCGCUAGAUCCCAAGAUAUUGUCCCCGCACGGAAGCGACGACGACUGGCCUGACCAGAGGACUUGGCCAGGAUCUAGGUGCCGGUGCCAACGGGACGGUGAGCCUACCCGUAUAUUACAAGAAAUCUCAAGUCAAACACUGGAAGAGAUGUCAGAAGAUUCAGAAAAGGAAGACUAUUCAGACAGAACAAUCAGUGAUGAAGAUGAAUCGGAUGAGGAUAUGUUCAUGAAAUUUGUAAGUGAAGAUUUUCAUCGGUGUGCACUUUUAACAGCUGACUCUUUUCGUGAUCCCUUCUUCCCCCGGACUACACAGAUACUAUUAGAAUAUCAGCUAGGGAGAUGGGUGCCACGUCUUCGGGAACCACGGGAUUUAUAUGGUGUAUCUUCUUCUGGUCCACUGAGUCCAACACGGUGGCCAUACCAUUGUGAAGUCAUCGAUGAAAAAGUCCAGCAUAUUGAUUGGACUCCUUCUUGUCCUGAGCCAGUGUAUAUCCCAACGGGCUUAGAAACGGAACCCCUUUAUCCAGACUCCAAGGAAGAUACUGUGGUUUAUCUAGCUGAAGAUGUGGAAAUUUCAGAUGACCAGUCCCUAAACAUAAAGAUGGCAGAAUAUGAAUACCAACUGACUGUACGCCCUGACCUCUUCACAAAUAAACACACCCAGUGGUACUAUUUCCAAGUCACUAAUAUGCGAGCAGGAAUAGUCUACAGAUUCACUAUUGUCAACUUCACCAAACCUGCUAGUCUUUACAGUCGGGGUAUGCGCCCACUGUUCUAUUCUGAAAAAGAGGCCAAGGCUCAUCAUAUUGGCUGGCAGAGAAUAGGAGACCAAAUCAAGUAUUACAGGAACAACCCAGGCCAAGAUGGGCGCCAUUAUUUCUCUCUUACAUGGACAUUUCAAUUUCCACACAACAAAGAUACCUGCUACUUUGCUCAUUGCUAUCCAUACACUUACACCAACCUGCAAGAAUACCUUUCUGGCAUCAAUAAUGAUCCAGUACGGUCAAAGUUUUGUAAAAUACGUGUUUUGUGCCACACGCUUGCUAGGAACAUGGUGUAUAUUUUAACAAUCACUACCCCUUUGAAGAACUCUGACUCAAGAAAGCGGAAGGCUGUGAUUCUGACUGCAAGGGUCCAUCCAGGGGAAACUAACAGCUCUUGGAUCAUGAAAGGCUUCCUAGAUUAUAUUUUAGGAAACUCAAGUGAUGCACAGUUGCUUCGGGACACUUUUGUCUUCAAGGUGGUACCCAUGCUGAAUCCAGAUGGUGUGAUUGUAGGAAAUUAUCGCUGUUCCUUAGCUGGACGGGAUUUAAACCGUAAUUACACAUCUCUCCUGAAGGAAUCUUUUCCUUCUGUAUGGUAUACCCGGAACAUGGUUCAUAGACUGAUGGAGAAACGAGAGGUUAUUUUAUACUGUGAUCUUCAUGGCCAUAGUAGGAAAGAGAACAUCUUCAUGUAUGGCUGUGAUGGUAGUGACAGAUCUAAGACAUUAUACUUACAGCAACGAAUCUUCCCACUUAUGCUAAGCAAAAAUUGUCCAGAUAAAUUUUCAUUCUCAGCUUGCAAGUUUAAUGUUCAAAAGAGCAAAGAAGGAACAGGAAGAGUGGUCAUGUGGAAAAUGGGAAUCAGAAACAGCUUUACCAUGGAGGCCACCUUUUGUGGAUCUACUCUGGGUAAUAAACGAGGCACUCAUUUCAGCACAAAAGACCUGGAAUCAAUGGGAUAUCAUUUUUGUGAUUCUCUCUUGGACUAUUGUGAUCCCGACCGGACCAAGUAUUAUCGGUGCCUGAAAGAAUUAGAAGAAAUGGAAAGACAUAUAACACUGGAAAAAGUCUUUGAGGAUUCAGACACUCCUGUGAUACACAUUACAUUGGAUCUAGAGUCUAGUAGCCGAGGCUCUGACAGUUCAGAAUCCAUUGACUCUCUGACUGACCUUCUCAAGUUAACUUCUCAGAAAAAACAUUUGAAAACAAAGAAGGAAAGGAAUUCUACUACAGCAAGCCACCAAAAUGCCAGAGAAGGACAAGAGGUUUAUGAUAGAGGACAUUUACUGCAAAGGCACAAACAAUCAAAUUCUGAUGUGAAAGAUACAAGGCCAAAUGAACCAGGUGAUUAUAUGGUUGAUUAUUUCAGAAGACAGUUACCUAAUCAAGGUUUGGAUCUGCACCACAACUUAAAAAGCAAAAUAAAAGAAUGCAUAUCUUUCCAAAGCAAGAAGACUGGCAUAAAUUGGACAGAUGAUGAAAAAAGGAGCUACAAGGAUAAAGGAAUAGUUCAAACUCAAGAAAUAUUGCAGUGUUUGCUCCCCAUCAUGCAUAACCCUAAAAACAUGCAAACCACUCAGAUAAAACAGCUAUUCAAUCCAAGAACCAACUUUCAAAUCCAACAUCAACUAAAUCCAGCUACUUGCAGAAAUAUAAAGAAAUACAGCACAUCUUGGACAGCACCCAGAAAUCACCCUUUUGUAAUCCAAGGGGAUGUUAUGGCAAACUCUUCAGCAUGGGUUCAGUCUAAGCCCCAUGGGUCAUUAGAAAGUUUAUCACCUCUCAAAGGCCCCAAGAAGAAUAAACAUUCUCAAAUCUGGGCCAUAAAGAAUGAAGACAUAAAACCUCUCAGCAGCAAGUGGGAGACUGCUUCUUCAAGCUUUGGAAUGGAUGCAAAUGUUCUAAAAUAUAAGAGUCUUCAAGCUGAAGAAACUAACCAGCAAAGCUCUAAGCAUACAGCUCUCCAUCUAACUAAAAAUAAGGAUGAGCAGGCCAAUAAGAAUGAUGGACAACCCACCUUAUAUCUGAAGUUCCAAAGGGAGAGUUAAUCUAGUUUUAUACUGCUCUGAGAACUGUGAAUGAAGGAUAACAUAUGCUUAUGUGGUAAAAAGAAAAAAAGGAAAGCCCUCCCCUUCCCCUUUCCCUAUCUCUCCCCCUACACGUGCAUAUGCAUAAACUACAAAUUUUAGAUAUCCCAUCUUCUGUAGUGGGAACAUCUUUCAGAGAUUUAAAAAGAAAUCCAGAGAAAAUACGGAAAAAUAUUAAAGUAGAUAUUUAUAUUUAGUUUUUACCAGCAUGGAAAAAAA